UCCUUUACCCCUUAAUUCUUCCCGUUCUUCAACAUUUACCCAAGAUGGAUCCUUACACUGGCUGACCGUAGAGUCCCGCUGUCUGCGUGUUGUCAAGAACCCGAGCCCGUCUCAUUUUGUAGAUGCGUUCUGAUAAUCACUGUCAGUGUCAGGGAAGCCCCCCUGUAAGGGGCUCUGAGCAGCUUAACUCUCCCCCCAUAUGGCAGCUGAGAUAAAUCCUCAGUUCUGCAGGGCAGGAGCGCAGGGAGCGAACAAAUCAACAGCAGAAAGCCAGCCAGAGAAGCUGAGAACGAUGCUACAGCUCUUUGCGUUUGGCUGAGACGGUGACUGAGCUGAGAGCUGACGCCUUACGGGGGGUGGAUGGAGAGAAGAAGGAACACCAGACCUGGGGUCCUGCAGUGGACUCCUGCUCCCCUCCCAAGCCCCCCCGCCGCUGAUCUGACAUCCGAGGAUUCCUGGGAGGAAGAGGAGGAUGAAAACCAGGAUGAUUUUGUUAAGCAGAUGGAUGAAGAUGGCAUCAUUGGUCUGUCGGAGGCACUGGAGGAUUGGGAACUGGGGGGGCCUCUUAGUUGCAGUGAUCCCGGCACCCCAGAGGAAGCGCCUCCUAGUGGAGGUGUUACGGAUCAUCAGGUUCUGGACCGCCGCUAUGGCAUGAAGGGUGGGCUACAAGCUUGGACAGAAGAUCAGACACGGAGGCAGAGACAGAAUGAUGAUGAGCAAGUGAGGAACGAUACUAGAAAAAGAAACAAACUCCCUCCCAGGUCAGAAGAGCUGGAAGCCACAGAUGGUUUGUCUUCUAAAUAUUUCAUGUCUGAUAUAAAUCCUGCUGAAAGCGCCGACUGUCUGGUAUCCGAGCCGGCGGUCACCGCCUCCUUUCUACCUCACCUUUACCACUUCACCGAGGAGGAGCUGGCUGCAGCUCCACUAAUCGAAGCAGAAACCUUUCCAGACAUGGGCUUCACUGAGACCGAGUCUCUCUGCAGUCAUGCAAGCAUGAAAUCCAGUCCUCGGUGUUCGGACACGACGCUCAGGGGUUCCCUUCAGCCAGCGGCGUCGCCUCCUGAACAAGUUGAGCUGGAGAAGGUUCCUACAGAAGGAUCAGGAAAGCAGAAAGCAGAGCGCGCUCCUGUAGCUAUGGACUCAGGCACACGUUCCCUCGGCAGAACCCAGAAAGACCCGACACAAUCCAAACAGCCGAGCAAAGGUCAGGAUAGAUGUCCAAGGACUCCUGGAGCUGGAAACACUCCUGCAGCAAUGGAGGAUUUCAGAAGAGCAUCUCUGAGUCGUCAAAGGCCCGACUUCUCCAAGGUGGAACCCAGGGUUCAGUUCCCUAAACGUGGCUACAAGCCUCCAAUAAGCAAGCACUCAUUAACGAGGACGCCCUUGUCCUCUGAGCCCCCGAUGGGGUAUAAAUCCCCCGCUGACAUCGUCAAGGAAGUCCUGUUUACCAACACUGACGGAUCCUCCGGUCCCAACACUCCCACCGGCGAUGCCAACUCCACCGUCCCUCCAGAGUUCAGGUGUCAGCAGGAGGACAACACUCUGCUCCAGCAGCUUGAGGAAAACUACAACAGACUGCUGACCAAGUUAGCAGACGCAGAGAACACCAUCGAUCGUUUCCGUCUGGAAGCCAAGGUAAACCUGUACUCGGACUCUCCAAAAGCCGGUCACAUGGUGCAUUCUGGGCUCACUCGUAACGCUUCAAACUUGAUGAAUCUAGAUUUUUCUCAUGCUCAGAGGGCUGAGGUCUGCUCUACUGGACAAGAAAAGCCAGACGCCUCGGCGCCGCAGCCGGAGCAGCAGCUCUCCAGCGUCCUUUUCCAUCAGUCUGAGAAGUUCCUCCAGCAACUGCAAACUUUCGAGGAUCUCCUUCAGAGUGAUAAACUCACAUCUUCCGACACACUAACCGGUCUUUCUCAGCUUUCUGAGGGGCUGAACUUUUUAGAGCGGGGCUACCUUCUAGCUCGAGACGAACACAGACUCCUACAGCAGAGAGGAGAGGAAACCUGCGCCUUUGACCCGGAACGGGAGCUGGAGGGUCUGGUCUUUCAGUGUGGGAUGCGUGUGGAUGAGCUGAAGGAGCAGGUGAAGCACGCCCCCUCACCUGAUCCGUCUGAAGGAGCAGAAAUGAGCCCGACUCACCCGCAGAGUCCGCCUGAACCUGUCCGGAUCGGACCUGGUACUGCAGCAGAACCAGAGCUGAGCUCAGGUAGUAGAAAAAGCGACAAUGAGGAUGAUGACGAUGAUGAUGAUGAUGAUGAUGAUGAUGAAGAAGAAACUCUCAAGCACAUCUACUUCAGACCUUCGAUUUGCAAAGACAAGCUUGUUGAGCAUGAACAAACUCAGCCACUGGAUCACGACCGAACACUGCAGCAGCAUUUUAGACCACCUGCUGCUCCAUCCUCCUCUUUAAACACCCCAACCAAACACGCCGGGGAGAAAGAAGAGUGGAAAGGUCAGAGAGAUGGAAACAAUGAAGUCCUGGAAACUUGGGCACCGAGAAGAGUGGAAUCAGAGCCGCACUCUCCACUCUAUUCAAGCCAACAGCGUAGCUCCGUGACCAGCCUUCCGUCAUGCAGCCCGUCCUCCACACCCCCGGCUCCGUCCGCACGCAUCAGAGUAAGGCUGGAGAGGAGAACGUCUCCCAGCAGCAGUUUGAGCAGCCUGACGGACGUCACAUCGGAACGGAGGAGCUCCAAGGUCCAAACGGGAAGCAGGAAGGUGCCGUCUCAGGAUCGGAUCAUCUCUCCAGAAACGGACAGCGGGUUUGUGGGUUCAGAAAGCAGCCGUCUGACUCCUGCAGCAGUUCCCAGUCUUCGCCACCAGAGGGCCUCAGUGGGUGUUUCAGCGCCUCAGGACAGAAACUCUAGGAGACCUCAGUCGGCGCCUCUGUCACUCAGUCAGCUGGAGCAGGAGCCAACAGGGGGCCCCUCGCUCGCCCCCAAUCAAAGGGGGAGAAGCAGACGAAGGAGGCGCAUCUUCUCCUCCUCUCCUCAGAACUGCAUCAGGCAGAACAAACAGACCAGAGUUGACAACGGAGCCACUGAUCCCUGGAUCAUGAGUGACUUGUACUCAAGUACAAGUAAUGCUCAGUCGGCCGCUGAAGAGCAGCGGAGUCGCCUCUUCACUGAAUCUCCAUGCAGCUCAGCCUCGCCGCCAGCUGCCCGCCAGCGCCAUGUUGACCCCCAGAGAGCGCCAGACUCCCGCCGGGGGGCGAAUCACAAGGAAGCGUUCGUGACACUUCAAGCCAAAGAAGAGCGACUGAAGGGGAAACUGGACGUCCCUCUGAGGAAUGAGAAGCGUCUCAGCACAGUAACAGCAGCCGCCUCAGCUCAGAGGAGCUGCUCUCCUCUCCACACACCCUCACCUUCCAUCAGGGAGUGUUGGAGCGACGUCAGCCUGGGGAGGAGAUCGGUUCAGGCCGUCUCUGAGAUCGAGCCGGAGUCUGUUUGGAGAGCAACGAGAGAAGAAGAACUACAGCAACAAAGUCAUGUCUUGAGGAGGUCAUUUCUGGAGCAGCCUCAGCCUCAGGUGUCCAGAUGUACCCAAACGUCUGUAGCAGCGCACAGCUUCUCUCCGCUGAACGUCCGCAGCAGGAACACGCAGACAUGGUCUUCCUCUUCUCCUCAUGAAGCAGAUGAACCUGAUGAUGAACCUUCAUCUUUCCACACAAUACCUGCCAAACGACCACUUGGUGGCAGCAGAGAGCCGUCAGAUCCUCCUCGUUGCUGCCACGCCAUCUGUGGACGCCUCAAACUGCACGGAUGCACAGAUUCAGAUUGCUGCAGGCGUUGUCCCUCCACUCGCUUCAAGCACCGACUGGCUGAGUCCCCGGACAGCGCCUCCACCAGGAGGUACACUGCAGCUGCGGUUUCACCCUCAGCCAUGCAGUACGUGCCCUUGUACCCACAGCAGCUUCUACUGUGCUCCACGCCCCUGUACGCGUCUCCUGACCACGUCCCGGACUCCCACUCACGACCGGGACGCUCCAAAGAGAAAAGAGGGCGGAGAGGACGCUCGCACUCUGUUGACAGUCACCACUCGCUGGACAGAGCCAACAAAUGGGCAGAACGCAUGAAACGCACAUCCAGACAAAUGGUUCUUUCUACGGCGUCAGAUCUGCGCCAACACAGGCUGCUCACUCAGUACUGCACCUCCUAGACUCCAGAGGACCAUAAACCGAGCAGCUCAGGUCGGCUCCCGCCUCAAACAACUCAGCCAAAGUGAAUAAAAACAAUAAACGUUCCACUCUGUAACAUUUCUUUGGUUUAGUACACUCAGGAAACACUCCUGUAUAAAUCAUGUUGGUGUAAAGGAAUUAGUUUCAUGUUUACAUCAGAUGACGUGCUGCCAUACUGGUAUAACUCACUUCUGAAGCACUGCAGAUAAUUCUGGUCUUACUUUGAUAGUUUUUGUGAAUCCUUUUCUGUUUUUAUAGAUUAUCUGUUUUCUUGUUUGUAGAAAUCUGAAACUAACUUCACCAUCAAGGAUAGUUUAUUGUACAUAAAUGUUUUUUUUUACGGUCUGAUUCUGUGCCUUAAGUCUGUGCCUGCUGAGAUCAGCAUUAUUUCAGGAUUUGAGCUCAACGUUAUUUUACAUGUAAUCAUGUGACCAACUGCACUUUAAGAUGGGCUUUGUGGCUGACGACCCGCCCACGUCUACACGCACCAGCAGAUGGCGUCGCCUGCCCUGACGGUUUUAGUUUACAGGUGAGUCAGAACUUCAUGUUUGAGACAGAAAACUGUUUAAAACCUGGAAUGGUUUUAAAAUUUUACGUACCACUUUAACCUUUUAACUUUUUUCUUAUGUUUUAACAGCAAAUUUCAUUGUUCGAAUUGUCAAAAAACAGUCAAAUUUAUUUAGAAAUUGCAGGUGAAGUGAAAGGAUAAGGACAUAUUUUUGAAAAACAAAAUCUAAAAAGUGUGAUGUGUGUUUGUAUUCAGUGUAUUCAAGUAGAACCACCUUUUGCUGUAGAUGCAGCUCCAUCUCCUUUAAGGUUUGUCUGUAACAGCGUUCCACAUCUAGAGACUUAAAAUGCUGCCUGUUCUGAAAAUGGGUUAAGCUCAAUAAAAUUGGAUGGAGAGUCUGUGAUUUUCACGUCUUGUCACAGAUUCUUUAUUGGAUUUAGGUCUGGACUAUGACUGGGGCCAUCCUAACACAUGAGUUAGCUUUGAUCUAAACCAGAAGUGGCCCAGGAGCCAUUUGUGGUCCUCAGAAUAAUGUUUUUAGCCCCAAACCACAGUUUAACAAUGGUACAAAUUACUUACUUGGCUUUCUCAUUAAUGCUCUCCUUGCCCAGCCUGUUGGUUCAGAUGGACAGCCAUGUCUUGGUAAUUUAUUAUUUUACAAUUUGUGAUGGAAAGACUGUGCAUGUCCGUUAAAAACAAACUUAAUAUUUACAUUUCCAUUCUACUUUACAGUUUUGCCAUAAUUCCUGUUUGUCUACCAAAAAGAAAAUCCCAAGAAUAUGUCAUUUUAUGGUUGUAAAAUAGUAAAAAGGGAAAUUUGCUGUGAAUACUUUUGGAAGAGGCAGUGAAAUGUCCAGCUACAGUUCAGCUGAUUCACAGCUGUUUUCUUUAAUGUCUUGUAACACACAAAAAUCAAUGUAGAUAAGAAUAAAUAUGAUUUUCAAUAACCUUUUUGGCCUUUGUAAUUAAAUUCACUUUUGUUGUUGAGGACCAAUACCACCAGAGUUUAGAGUUUAAAUUGAAUUUUUUUGGGUCAAACAAAUUUAAACCCGAAGGAACAAUUUUUUUUUUUUUUUUUUUUUUUUACUUUUCAGGCUAAAAAGUAAAAGACUGUAAUAUGUAAUGGAAGCCAAUUUAUUAGACAGCCUUGGUACAUAUCGGGUACACAUGGAAGUACUGUUUGUGCUUACACACUCGCAAACAUAAAAACCCAAUAAGGGAAACAGUUGUAGGACAGACUGUUAUUUUUCUCUGAUAAAUUACUUUUAAAUAAAUAGGUGACUGGGCAGAAUAAAGCCUGUACAACAGUAAAUUAUAAUCAAAAACAAACUCAAGUAUUUGUGUCACAGAAAACUCGUAGUGCAAUAUACAACUUGUUUGGCCAGGAAAGAGGCUACAGGAGGGAGGCAAUAUCACGUAGGUUCAGUUUGAUUUUUAUCCUUGCAAAGCCAUUCAACUUUAGGGAAGGGGCUUACAUUGCACCAGAGGAAAAAACAGACAAAGUAUAAAUAUUUGACCUACUUUACCUCUAACAUCUACAGCUAAAACAGUCACAAACACCAUGGCUUCACAUUAGCAAUUUAAAGAAAAGGUUUCACUACUGCACUGUUUUAAAAUAAUUCACAAUUCAACAGUAAGACGCUUAAACAGCAACAUAUGGCAGAUACACAACACUACUCAGUGCAUGGCCCAGUGACAUUAUCACUAAUGAUAAGACCUUAAUCUGACAGGAUACAAUACUGAAACACAAUUGGACCUUUUUUUAAGGAUUACUCUUUAAAUAUCAGCAAGCAACAGCCUUUUUAACAAUAAGUCUUCUGUUAGAGUGGAAAAAGGUUUGGUGCAGGAAAUUACAAUAAGGGCAGUCGGAGGAGGAAUGAUUUUUAGCUUACACAUAACUUUUUUUUUUUUUCCCCGCCUUCGCUUCCUUAUCAAGCUUAUUAGGCAAAUAUUUGAACCAAGAACUUGUUUGAGUAUCAAACACAGAGCAUAAA